GGCUUGGGAAGUUGAAACCGAAAGGGAGGGAGGCGCGGCGGCAGGAGGAGACAGAGUGAAGGUAAGCGCACGAGCUGGGCCGAGAGUUUCAGGUUUCUUGUAUGGAUCACUGAGUGAAUAACAGAUGGCUUUACCUCGUCUCACAGGAGCCUUGCGCUCUUUUUCAAAUGUCACCAAGCAAGAUAAUUAUAAUGAAGAAGUGGCUGACUUAAAGAUAAAGCGAUCUAAACUUCAUGAGCAAGUUUUAGAUUUGGGACUGACAUGGAAGAAGAUAGUAACAUUUUUGAAUGAAAAACUGGAGAAGAGUAAAAUGCAAAUUUUAAAUGAAGACUUAAAAGAUAUAUUACAUGCUGCAAAGCAAAUAGACAACUUACAAAACCAUAAUGGAUUUAUAAAUGCCAUAAAGCCACAUUCUCCAUUCCAGAAGAGGAGCCUGGAUGGAAAAGAGGAGGAUGAGAAGAUGAGCAGAGCUUCUGACAGAUUCAAAGGACUAAGAUGA